AUGACAGUCAACUCAAGCUAUACACAACUCAUCUCACUGAGCCCGAAGGCCAAGGCUGUCGCCCUGACAAAUGAAAGGCACUCAAAGACUCAAUCUCAACUUCUUGAUUCAACAUCUCAGAGCCAGACGGCUUCCGAGGCAGCUCCUACCGUGGACGACUCUGAUGCAUCGUCGUUGUCUGACGAAGUGGAGUAUUCGAAUGUGCAAUGGAGCUUCGCAGCUACCACCGAAGAAGGGGAAGAAGAGAUUCUAAGCAGAAAUGCCAAGAAGCCGAGAGUUAGUUCCAUUGAUCAAGGUGAUACAGCGGGUAAUAAGACUACUCGGUGUCCGAAUUGA